AUGGUGGGGGCCCUGACACCCGAUGUGCCGGCUACCGUCAGGGAAGAGGAUGAAGCAUAUGGCAUCGCGUGCGAGGUCGCUACAAUGGAGUUCGUGAGGCAAAGGCUGUCUGCAAUUCCUAUCCCUCGCCUAUACGCAUACGAGGGCCCCGGGUCUCAGCUCGCUGCUGACGUCGGGGCUGCCUAUAUGCUUCUGGAAGGCUUCUGUGGAAAUACCCUGCAAGAUGUCGAAUUCGAUAUUUGUAACUUGCCAGUUGCAACACAAGAACACAUCAUGAUGCAGUGGACAAGGGUUCAAGCGGAACUAGCCACUCUUGCUUAUCCUCAAAUAGGCUCUAUCUGCUCUAUUUCCCCGUCGGGAGAACCAGUUUUAGGCAGUUUAGCGGCUUCUUCUGCCGGAGAGCUCAGUGAUGCGGGACCAUUCUCUAGAGCAGUUGAGUACUUCACUGCCGUUGCAAAUGCCGCGGCCGGCAAGCUGGAUCAAUCCACUAGGCUGGGUGCCUUGGUCUUUCGCGACAUUGUGGACAAGACUACCUUGUUCGGAGACACCGACACCGUUGAGCAAUUCCCUCUCAACCAUAUGGAUCUCGGCACUCAGAACAUCAUCGUCGAUGAUAAAUUCAAUUUUAUUGCCAUUAUCGACUGGGAGUUCGCGCAGACUGCCCCAUGGCAGGUCAACCGCUACCCUAUGCCGUUUCCUUUACUAGGAUCAGACACCGAGGACAUUCUCAGAGAUCCUAGCCAUCUCGCCUACAAGAAUGUGUCACGGCAAGACGUUUCUCGACGAAUCUACCGCCAGAAGUUCCAAGAGGCUGAGAGGGAACUUAAGGAGGAGGGCCGAGCUCUUGAAGGGUCCUUUGCAGACGCUUUGAAUAGUUCAGCAUCAAGGAUAUAUGCUUGCUUCACUAGCCUAGGUCGUUUACAGCAGGCUGAUAGGGGCCUCCUGUGUGAGAUGGUGCGCCUUGCGUUCGGGUUGGAUGCAGACAAAGUGGAGGAGUAUCUCUGGGAGCUAGAGCAGGGUGGCGAGGUAGGUGGGAGCGGGUAGGGCAGACUGUACAUUGAAGUUAGUCCCGGGGACCUGGAUGGCGAGAUGAUCACUCCUGCGGAGCUUGCCGAUCAAGUCACAAAUCAUUGGAUGUUGAUGCGACCUGAGAAGUGGAACCGAGUGCCUGAUCCGUUUUCGGCCUUGC